AUGAACAAGGAAGGUUUCCCAUCUUGCAGGAUGGUUGAAAUACAGUCCAGGACUUGGAGACGACAGCUGUCAGCAAGGAGAAAAUUUCAGCUCAGGAAUCAGUCGGUGGAAAAAGAACAUCUACAUUGGUCAUCAAAAUUGAAGGAUAAUGAGAAAACAAAUUGCUUAAACUACUACCUUAUUGAUUAUUACAUGUUGACUAUUAAUUUAAUUAUGACUGGAAGGAGACUGCCAGUUUGUCUUUUUAAACAAAUAGCCUUCUUGUUCUUACCUGCUUCAUACCAUGGUACUUGUGCUCUUUGUAUAAGAGUUAUAACUAUCAUACUUCUAAGUCCAGUUUUAUCAUUUUGUUUUUAUCAUGUGAUAAUUGAACAUGGGAUCUCGAGCAUAAUAUUUCUGUUUUAUCCAUUUAUUGUUAGUGCUAUAGUGUUUGGACAGAAAGCUUAUAAAUUUUUGGAACUUAAAUCAUAUUUACCUGAGCGUGCAACUGGUGCAAGAAGCAAAAGUGGAACAAAUGGUAAAAACAGUUCUAAUGUUGCCCAUGUUUGCUCUAUGUCUGCUGAAGCUAUCAGAGAAGAGGUUGAAGUCCUAAAAAAUGAUUUUAAUGACAGACUUACCCAAGUUCUUUUCAAUUCUCUCCUUGUUGUAUACCAUGCAGCUUUUCUGCCAUGCUAUUUCGCUACGAAUGCAUUAUAUUAUGAUGUGAACUGGGUCACACAACAUGCUGUCUUUACUAGUAUUAGCUGCUUCACUUUAUAUGCAUCUCAUUGUUUUCCACCCCGUUAUUGUGACACACUGCACAGAGCAGCUCUGCAUCUAGGCAGAUGGCAAAAAGUGGAAAUUAAAAAUGUGCAUGUGCCCUAUAGCACAUGGUCAGAAUCUACUAUGUGGAAUCAAGGUGCUUUAGUAAAGCAUUCAAAGGAACUUUUUAAAGCUGAAGGUAUAUCAAAUGCUGCAGAACCAGGACAUGCUGCACACUCGAGAUUUUAUAUCAUGUUCAAAAAUCCAAGUUCACCAAUAAAACUAUUGUGGAUUUUACAGCUUUUACUUAUUGCAGUCCAGAUGGUUGUCCUUUUUCAAUCAUAUGCAUGGAAUGAUUUAAUAUCUAACCAGUUACUUAUAUUAAUGAACUGUAAAACCUUGUAUGGAAUAACUAAAGUUUACUUUGUUGUGAGGAAAAUAUAUUAUGAAGAAAAAGUACUGAUAUCUAAAUUUAAUAACUAAAAUUUUUGUAAAAAUUAUGUAUAUUAUUGUUAUGUAUAUAUUGUAAAUAACAUGAAAAUGUUUUACAAA